GCGCAGGGGUACGGAUGAGGCUGCAUUUACCUGUAUUCUUACGCAACGCAGUUUCGCACAAAUUCGGGAGAUAGGAAAAUGCUAUCAUCAGAAGUUAAUUUUGCCCACUUGCGAUGCUAGCACGGUCGCGUUACCUUUUGGGAAUUGCAAUCGAAACCUCUUGGAGGUCACCUGCGUUGAUGUUGAGUUUUUGGUCCUCGGCGGUGCUGUCUUCAAACACGGUAAAUCGCUCCAAAAGGCCGUCGAGAAGGAGACGUCUGGCUACUUCGAGAAGACUUUCGUAGCGAUCAUUCAGUACGCCGAGGACAAGAAUACGUUGUUUGCAAAGUGGUUCUAUGAAACCAUGGCUGGCGCAGGCACCAGGGACAAUGACCUCAUUAGGCUUGUGCUUGUCCGUUCAGAUUUGGAUCUGGAGGACAUCAAACGGACAUAUCUGGCCAAGUACAAAAAGACGCUUGCAAAGGCUAUUGAAGGAGACACUUCGGGUGACUAUAGACGCAUGCUUGUGGCCCUCGUCAACUGA